CCGCGCCUGCGCGUCCGGUGGCAGGGCGGCUCCGCGGACCUGGGAGAGGUGUGUCUCCGGGUGUGUCUCCUUGGCCUCCUACAGGGUGGGGCUCCCUGAUGCUUCCUCAGGAGCAGCCUCCUGCAGGAAGACCAGCGGCCUCGCGGGGCCUUUACCUCGCUGCCUAAAUUCCGAGGAAAAGGAGAUGGGAGACGAAAAGCCGGUUGGUUUGGGAAGCGGCUGUUUUUGUGAAGGGUAGUGAGAGUCCAGCACUUCAGGCAGCUCUCUGGAUACCACGGAAGGCAGAUUUCCAGCAUCGAGUGGAACGUACGACCGUGGAGUACACCUUGAGCGCUUGUGUGCACUUAUCCUUCGGCGGUAAACGGCCCGUUUGUGCAGUUCCAGGGUUCGAUGGGAUAGUGCGGUGCCAGGCACUUUUCAGGUGGCCCUGCAAAGUAAACGCACAUUUUUGGGCAACAAUUCAAACAUAUUCAAAACCUUUUCAAUUCUCACUUAAACCAAGGAUUAUGGAAAACAACACUUAUUAUUCAUGAAAAUGAAAAAGCCCCCUCUACUUCUUCGAAGACCCUUACCUCCAAAAUUCACUAAGCCGACUUUACAUAAAAACAAAACCCGUACAGCCAAAGCUGGUAAAACUGAGUCACUGCGUGUAGCAUUCACUGAAGAUGAAACCACUUCCAUUAAAACAGAUAAAAACCGUUCUCCUGAUGUUUUAAGAAAUCAAUCAGUAACACCUAUCAGCAUUCAAAAUAUCUUUCUUGAUCAUUCUGUACAAGAAAGAGUAACUACAGUUUUAUCACCCCAAAAAUCUACUAAGCAUAUGUGCUGGAAGAUUCCAGAUACUGCUACUGGCUCCAUAUUUUUUCCAAGUUGUCCUUCAGCUUCUACUCAAGUUUUUGGGAAAAAAACAAACAAAAUGGAAAGUUCAAGAAAGUUGAAAUCUAUGAAAGAUGUUUAUACUGAAAAAAGACUAGAAAACAUUUUAGUUCUUUCUUCAGAGUUCUCCAAACGUAAAAGUAUUCCUGGCCCAGUUUUCACUGACAGACUUGAGGAAGUGCACCCUAAGUAUCAACCUUUACCAAAGAGUCCAGGCUAUACUUAUCAGCACACCUCGAGAGAUUUAAGAGCAACAGUGCCAAGCCCUCCCCCUCGGACUGUAUCUACAAAGCCAGAAGGACAACCUGAACAGUUUAAACAGACUGCUACAUUGGCAGUAAGAGUUACUGAAUUUCCAGGUUUUAUUGCCUUGCCCACACCAACUUUGCCAAGAAAACCUCAAAGACAGUCUAUGAUAGAAACUCUUGCAACAGAAAAUGAAAAUGUAGAAAGUACCCCAAAGCGAAUCCCACCAAGACCACCUGAAGGUCCCACCAAAACUGAAAAAAUAGAAUCAGAGGUACAUGUACGUGGUGAAGGUUUUAAGACUGUUGCAGCAACACGGUAUGAAACAAUAACAGCCAUGACCAACCUGGCCAUAGUAAACUGUCAAGUACAUGGAAGAAAUGCACUUAAUCUUAAGGGCUUUUUUAUCCUAAAUUGUCCAGACUUAACACCUUUGGCUUCCCAGUUGAUAUAUCUUAAUUUAUCAUUUAAUGAUCUUCGUUAUUUUCCCACAGAAAUAUUGUGUCUUAAAAAUUUACAAAUACUGAAAUUGAGAAAUAAUCCUAUCAAAGAAAUUCCUUCUGAAAUUCAACAACUUAAGUUCCUUAGAAUCUUCACCAUUGCCUUUAAUUUCAUUACUGUUCUUCCACCUGGGUUAUUUUCCUUGUCUUUUCUUGAAGAACUUGAUGUUUCCUACAAUGAACUUACUUUUAUUCCAAAUGAAAUCCAGAAACUCAGAUCACUUGAAAAACUGACUGUUGAUGGGAAUGAACUGAGUUUUUUCCCACGAGGGAUUUUGGAGCUUAACCUGACAAAACUUCAGUUUGAGAAUAAUUUCACUCAUCCUUGUUUUUGGAGAGAUAAUUCUUUGAAUAAUCCACAACAACUUACUCAUAUGGUUUCUUUGUUCAUUGUCAAAAAUAAACUACAUACAUUUUAUGAUACGAUCCCAGUAGAAGUUCAGAAGUUACUAAAAUGCACCUCCAAGUGUGAAUGGUGUCAUGGUCCCAAGUUUGGUGAAGGUUUUCGUGUCAUUCGAUCCUGUGAUAUUUUUGGAGCAACACAGCUUCCUGUUAUGUUUUAUGUCUGUUCUUCUUCCUGCUAUAGAAGAAUAAAGGAAAGUAGUUUCGUUUUAGACGAUAGUCCUGGUAGAAGAAUAGCACUAGAUGUGGAAUUGUCAGCAGAAUUGUAGUACAAUGAUUUAUCAUAUAUAUACAUAUAUAUAUUUACACAUAUAUAUGAACUUUACUGCCUUUUACUACAUAUAUAUCUACAUAUCAUAAUUCAUCUCUUUGAAAGUACAGGUUCUGUUUGGAAGACCUAAGUGUCUUCUCAUAUGAAUUCUCUUUGUAAUUCUAGAUGCUUAUGAAAGUUUGUGAUUGUUAGGGAAUUGUUGCAGAAUAAUACUCAAGGAGGAUUAGUAAAGCCUUUAGAUUUGAAUAAAGAUCUGGAAAAUUUCAGAACCUGUUUACUAUAAAAGGAAAAAGGUUAAAAUCCUUUGCAAAAUGGAUUCUAUCUUACAACUGGUCUUUUCCUGCAUCCAUACGAGGUGAUGAGAUAGCAUUGCAGUCACCAGUGGGGUUUGUGCUGCAUACAGCUUCAAGGUCAUACAUCCACGUUCUCAGUGCCUGUGCAUUUCGGUGGGAAUCUGUCCAGUGCCUACCAUCCCAAUUGGAGGUUGUUUUGGGGAAUAAAAGAUUAAGUCUAUCCCCAUUUAUUUGUUUGAAUUAAUUUCCCAAGUUUUUAGAGAACUGGUACAGUCUUUGUCACCUUGAACUUCAUUUCCUAAAGCAGAGAAACUGGACCUUAGCCUGAUUCCAUAGGCCAGCACCAGCGUCUACCAAGGCCUACAGUGAGAGCCUGACAGGAAAAUAAAGUACAGCUUACAAAAUAACAUUGCAAAGCAGCAUAUGCAUACGGCAAAACUUGCUUUAAGAAUUAACAUUUGGUAAGAGAAAGAUAAAAGGUCAUUUUGAUAUACAAACCACUUUAGAACGGCAUAGAAUUGUUUAAUGUAACUUUUACGUGCAGUUCACUCAAAUCUCAAAUAUCAUUGUGAGUUAAAUUUAGUGAUAUGAAAUGAUUUAAAAUUACACAGCUAUCUUUAGAGAAUGUCAGAAAAUAUACAUUAUGUCAUGUCUGUGUGUAUCAUUUAGUGAUAUCAUUUAAAUAAAGAAUCAGGCAAAGUAAUUUUUCUGACUAUUGAUUUCAAUAGAUUGUGAUGCUUACACACUCUUCCUUGAGACUCUGUUUCAUUUUUAAGCAGAACCAGGUAAACUUUGCUGAGCUUGAGAAUAUACACUGUAUUCUCCAGCACAUGAUUAAAAUUAUUUAUAAUGAAAGAAGUAACUACCAUAUUACACAUGUAAUACAGAAAGGUAUAUUGAUAGAAUGGUAAGUCAAUUCAUUAAAAUGUAAUAUAUUCAUAAUUAGAAAACAAGAUGAAAAAAUAAUAUUAACUCCCCGUGGCAUAUAGCUUAUUAAUACUCACACUUGUUCCUGAAAUAUUUCUUGGGGAAAGAAGUAUGUUUAUUUAUUUAUUCAAAACAUGUUGGGUUUGGGUUUAACUGAGUAGUUUACAUUGACACAGGAAAUAAAAAAGAAUAGCUUUCAAGGGAAAUGACAAAGUCUGAGAGACAUUUCAAAACAAAUAAACCUAGAUACUUGGACAAAUAGGAAAUAUACUUAGAACCCAAUCUCUUCAUGCAUAGUAUAAGCAUUGAGUCUGAGUGAUCUCUUAUAGAGCUUCCAAAAAAAAGUAACUUACAGUAUUUUUGAAUGGAAGUAAGACAUAUUUAUUAUAGAAAUAUUAGAAAAUACAACUAAACCUAAGAAGAAAUCAAAAUCCUCCUUGUAACGCCGCUGUAACUCAGUAAUCCGCUGCUUGCAGAGUCUGAAUAACAAGAGCGAGGUUUGCGGAAAGUCACUUUAUUCAAGAGCUACCUGAGGGGAAGUAGUACAGACUCCUGCCUUUAGAUACCACUUCAGCCUUCAGGGCAGGAGACAAGGGCUUUUUAGGGGGUGUUAGGGGAGGAGGUGCAGGGUCUGUGUGACUUGGUUCAGAGGUCUUACCUAUCAG